CGGGGCCUAAGACCCGAGCGUCGACACCACCCGCGCGGUGAGCACCUCGGGCUCUGCUGAGUGCCUGGGGCCGCCGCCAAGCACAGACCAUGUUCAUGGUGCGCCUGACUUCCCAGCUGCUCAGGGCUGUUCCCCGGGCAGGCUGCAGUGGGCCUUGGCCUGUCUGUCGGGUGCUGGGCAGGUAUGCCUGCAGGCCUCACCACAGCAUACAACCAAUAGGCCCAAGUGGGGUUGCCUCCCUCCCUGACAGGCGGGUCCACAUGGAGCUUGAGGAGAUGCUGGUCCCCAGGAAGAUGUCUAUCAGCCCCAUGGAGAGCUGGCUGACCGUUCGCUACCUCCUGCCCAGACUGGACUCUGGGGCCCCAGGGACUGUGUCUCCAGCCCAAGUCUAUGAGUGUCCUCAGGGGGAAGGGGUCAAGCAGGGGGGUAAGGAGAUCUGGGACGCACCCCAGAUACAGUGCAAAAACGUGCUCAAGAUCCACCGGCGGAAGAUGAAUCAUCACAAGUACCGCAAGCUGGUCAAGAGGACCCGGUUCCUGCGGCGGAAAGUCAGGGAGGGACGCCUGAAACGGAAGCAGAUGAGGUUCGAGAGAGACCUGAGGCGCAUCUGGCGGAAGGCGUGCCUGAAGGAAGCCCCCGCAGGCUGGCAGACCCCCAAGAUCUACCUGAAGGGCAAAUCAGUCUUGUGUGUCUCUCCCCCAGCCCUGUUACUGCUGAUGACCCAUUAUGGGGGUGAAGGGUUUCAAGUUCUGAAUCUCGGAGAAAUUCAAGAGCUAACAGACACCGCACCAGAGGAAUUAACAAAAGAUGACUUGAUGAAGAUGAGUGCUUCCAAAACAGUGCCAGACGAUGAGGAAGAAGAUGUAGAAGAAGCUGUGUCAGAAAACAAACUGACAUUAGACAAUCAGGCAGCAGGGUUCCGAUUAUUUAAGACUGCUUUUGACUUCUUUUACAAGGACGCUUCUAUGAUAUAG